AUGGUGGAAGCACGCUUGGUUGACUCUAAAUCAACAUUCUCGAUUUUUGCUCAUUUACUAGACGCCCGCAUACUACGCGCCCUUGCAGACAUGGGCUUUGCUCGUCCAACCCUCGUUCAAGCAAAAGCCUUGCCCAUUGCUCUGGAAGGCCGCGAUAUACUUGCAAGAGCUCGGACAGGGAGUGGCAAAACUGCCGCAUAUUGUAUGCCAGUCGUGCAGAAAAUUCUUAGUGCAAAAUCUUCGUUGUCUGCCUCAGACGAAGCUUAUCAAGUGACACGCGCUGUGAUCCUUGUGCCCACUCGCGAAUUGUCCGAACAGGUCACGGCAUGUCUUCAAAGACUUCUUACUUAUUGCGAGAAGGAGAUUAUCGUUAUGAACUCUGCCACUGGUUCCUCUACACAUCUGCAACGUGCACUUCUCGCAGAUAAGCCAGACAUCGUCAUUUCAACUCCUUCUCGUGCCCUCGGGCUGCUUCAAUCAAAGACUUUGGACUUCUCUUCACUGGAAUCUCUUGUUAUCGACGAGGCUGAUCUCAUUUUGUCCUAUGGGCACGAUGAGGACGUCCGACAGAUCUUUUCUGGAGCAUAUCUCCCAAAGGUGUAUCAGUCAUUUUUGAUGAGUGCAACCAUGACAGAUGAUGUCGAGGCGUUGAAAGGCUUGGCUCUUCGGAGUCCAGCCAUCCUGAAGCUGGAAGAAGAUGAGGAUGAAACCUUACUCCUCAGCCAAUACUCUGUUCAGUGCUCCGAGGUCGACAAAUUCCUUCUCACAUAUGUCAUCCUCAAACUCCGCCUCAUAAAGGGCAAAUGCAUACUGUUCGUCAAUGACGUCGACCGUUGCUAUCGCUUGAAACUAUUCCUGGAACAGUUCUCAAUAAAAUGCUGUGUGCUAAACUCUGAGCUUCCCCUUAAUUCCAGAUACCAUACGGUGCAAGAGUUUAACAAGGGUGUUUACGACUAUAUCAUUGCGACUGAUGAACACGGUGCUCACGCGGAAGCUGAUUCUGACGAUGAACCUGAGGAAGAUAGACUUCAGGAUGCUUUGAUUGCUUCUUACGGCUUCUCAGUGACGCCGUCACAACGCGCGGAGACAAACUCGGACAAAGAUACUCAACUCGAACCCGCGUCUAAAAAGCGGAAGCAUCCCCAAAAUGCUCCUCAACCUGGCCCCUCCAAACCAAAGAAACAGAAGCGCCGUACGAAGUCGGACAAAGAGUAUGGCGUUACGCGUGGAGUAGACUUUGUUGACGUUGCUUGUGUGCUCAACUUCGAUCUACCCACGUCAUCUCGGUCAUAUACCCAUCGCGUAGGACGCACGGCCCGCGCUGGUCGGACAGGCAUGUCAUUAUCCUAUGUCGUCCCUGAAGAUCAAUGGGGUAAAAACAAGGUCGUCGGUGGCCUUGAAAGCGCGAAGAAUGACGAGGCUGUAUUUGCGAGGAUUGAGAAAGAGCAGGCGGCACGUGGUUCCAAAAUACAGGAGUACAAAUUUGAUAUGAAACAAGUGGAGGCAUUCCGAUAUCGAAUGGACGACGCACUGCGGUCCGUAACAAGAAGCGCUAUCAAAGAGGCUAGAAUCAAGGAACUUAAAACUGAGAUUAUCAACUCAGAGAAACUCAAAGCCCAUUUUGAGGACAACCCACUCGAUCUCGAAUAUCUACGCCAUGACAAACCGCUACAUCCCACCAGGGUCCAAGCUCAUAUGAAACAUGUACCAAAAUACUUACUUCCUCGUCUAGUUUCAGCUCCAGCUAUCGAAGCUGAAGAGUCUCAAGUUGGUUUCGUACCUUUCAAAAAGUCCUCUGCACGCGGUCGCGGCCGUGCUCGUGCUCGCGGUAGCAGAGGUGGUGGGGGCGGAGGCCGCGGCGGGAAGAAAAAAUCUGAUCCUCUUAAGAAGUUUCGGUAG